AUGCCCCUGCACAAGAAACUGGUAACACUGGCUACCUUCAUGCAGAAGAACCAGCUGGCUGGAACCGCCCCCAGGGCCUGGAAGAGAAUCUUCUGGCGGCAGAUCCUACUUGCACUUGGCCUCUUAGGCCUGUUUCUGUAUGGCCUCCCUAAAUUCAGGCAUCUGGAAGCCCUCAUCCCCAUGGGCGUCUGCCCUUCGGCCACAAUGUCCCAGCUGAGAGACAACUUCACAGGUGCCCUGCGUCCCUGGGCCCGGCCUGAAGUUCUGACCUGUACCCCCUGGGGGGCUCCCAUUAUUUGGGAUGGCUCUUUCGACCCAGAUGUGGCCAAGCAAGAGGCUAGACAGCAGAACCUCACCAUUGGGCUGACUAUCUUUGCUGUAGGCAGAUACCUGGAGAAGUACCUGGAGCGCUUCCUGGAGACGGCGGAGCAGCACUUCAUGGCGGGCCAGAGCGUGAUGUACUACGUGUUCACCGAGCCGCCGGGAGCGGUGCCCCGCGUGGCGCUGGGCCCGGGACGCCGGCUGCCCGUGGAGCGCGUCGCGCGCGAGCGGCGCUGCCAAGACGUGUCGAUGGCGCGCAUGCGCACGUUGCACGCGGCGUUGGGCGGGCUGCUGGGCCGCGAGGCGCACUUCGUGUUCUGCAUGGACGUGGACCAGCACUUCAGCGGCACCUUUGGGCCCGAGGCGCUGGCCGAGUCGGUGGUGCAGCUGCACUCCUGGCACUACCACUGGCCGUCGUGGCUGCUGCCCUUCGAACGCGACGCGCAUUCGGCCGCCGCGAUGGCGUGGGGCCAGGGCGACUUCUAUUACCACGCGGCGGUGUUCGGGGGCAGCGUGGCGGCGCUGCGCGGGCUGACGGCGCACUGUGCUGGGACUGGCCUGGAGGCGCGCUGGCACGACGAGAGCCACCUCAACAAGUUCUUCGGGCUGCACAAGCCCGCCAAGGUGCUGUCGCCCGAGUUCUGCUGGAGCCCGGACAUCGGCCCGCGGGCCGAGAUCCGCCGCCCGCGACUGCUGCGGGCGCCCAAGGGGUACCGGCUGCUGCGGAACGAGCGCCGCCGCCGGCUCCCGGUCCUCCGGCUUCUCCGCCGGCCCAACCGGCCCGGCCUCGCUCCCCCUCCGGGCGUCUUUGGCCCCGGGAAGGUGUGGACUGGGAGUCACGAGAGGAAGAGAUCCUGAA